AUCUCCGUUUUGUUUCUCUAGUACGCCUCGAGUUCACACUCUCGUUGUAACGGCACAGAUCAAUUUAUAUAAUUACUUGUUAAAUGUUUUUAAAUCAUUAAUUCUAAUCGAUAUUAAAGUGACUUGACCAAUUAGUUGUUCCUCUCGCCUCCUGAUAUUCAGUGACGGGUGAACCAAUUACUCCCCCGCCAUAUUAUUAACCCCCGGCGUAGGUCAUCACGAUGUUGGGUGACAAGGCGUUCUCGCUCAUCCAGGAGCUGGAUCGCUCCCAGCACGGCACGCUUCCACCCUUCAAUGAGGACGCCGUGAGGCAGGCUCUAGAAGAGAUCGACUCGCUCUUCCAACAGAACGUUGCCGACAUUAACCACCUGGCGGAGGACGACGCGCUGGUCGCUGGCAUCCACCUGCGCCACGCGGCCCUGGAGCGCAACAAGCGCUGCCUUCUCGCUUACUUGUACAACAGACUGGAGCGCUUGCGGACGAUGAGGUGGCAACUGGGCAGCGUCCUGCCCAGCGACGUGCGAACCAACCUCUGUGAACCCGAGCUGGAGUGGUUCGCGCAGUACAGCUCGACGGUGGCGCGCUACAUGCGCUCGCUGGGGGACGGACAAGGCCUGGACCUCACCGUCGACCUCAAGCCUCCCAAGAACCUCUACAUCGAGGUGCGAUGUUUACAAGACUACGGCGAGUUCGAGUUGGAGGAAGGUGAAGUUGUGCUGCUCAGCAAAGAUUCAACUCACUUCCUGCCUAUGGAACACUGCCAGCACCUCAUACGGCAAGGGGUGCUGCAACACGUCAAGUAGUGGACAUACUGCCAGCAAUUCAUGACAAGAAGAAACAUGCGGAGAAAUAACCGUUUUCGAGUGUAACGGUUGGUAGGAAACUAUACAGAACGUGGAUGUAUUAAUUCGUUACUCAUGUAUAGUGUCUAACUUCCAAAGCAUUUACGCCCAAUGCCAACUUGCUGUUCAUGCAUGCCUUAGUAUCC